GCCUCCUAACGCGCUCUUCUAGUUGGGAGCUCAAAUGAGAAGAGCGCUCCGUGUCGAAAGCCUCUUGUUUUUAGCAGGGUGUCAUUAAAAUCUCCGGUUCCUCCGCUGAAGAAGAGCCCAGCUUUGGGAUUGGGUAGCGAGCAGAUAGCGUAACAUCCCCCGCCUCCUCUUCGUGAAGAAUUGCGUUAAAAGGAAAAAGGAUAGGCCUGCCCUUUAUCAAUAUAAUAGAAGGCAUUUGUUUUUUUUAAUUUCCCUUACUUCUAUAUUAAACGAAGACCCGUUGCUGGCUGGUGUAUGUGUUUAGAAUGGGACACGCUGAAGGUCCAGUCAAAGAAAAAGACAGUUAAGGAUGCCGGAGCCCAACAAUGGAUUUCUCCUUCUCUUUCAUGCAAGGGAUCAUGGGAAAUACAAUUCAGCAACCCCCUCAGCUUAUUGACUCAGCCAACAUCAGACAGGACGGCACCUGUGACACCGGCAGCGACCCGGGUGAGGAUGGCGGUACCUCCUACGAUGCGGCCCUGGAUGCAGACUUCUACCCUCCCUCAGCGUCAGAGGACCUGCCACACGUCUCCAACGGCUACCCACCGGGUCUGGGCAUGUACGAGCCACAAUCCAAGUUCUCCAUGUACUCGCAAUUCCCCAACGGUUCGGCCAACGGCUAUGGGCCCAUUCGCAGCUACGCGGAGCACGGUCUCCUCAUGCCUGGGGAGAGCACCGUGCUGAGGGGUCCCGGUCUGCAGGAACGACCCCGCUCCCCUGUAUCACCACCGCUGUCCACGCACCACCCCCACCUGCACCACCACCAUCAUCACCAUCACCUCCCCCAUGCGCACCAUUUCCUCUCAAACACAUCCCACAUCCAAAGCCACCCGCAGAGCCCCCCGCCGCUGCCCCUGCCCACCCAGCACCACCUUCCCCAUACGCCUCACAUCAUGACCCACACUCUGCCUCCUCCUCCACCCCUGCAUCUGCCCUCGUCCAGCCCUCCGCCUUCCCUUGUGGACAGUACCCCCACCUCCCAACCGGUCCACACCCCUGCAGAAGCACUGAAAAAAACCACCUCCCCUGAGAUCAAGCUGAAGAUAAUAAAGACGUAUCAGAAUGGCAAAGAGUUGUUUGAAACGGCACUGUGUGGAGAUUUGCUGCAAGAAUUGCAGAAGGAAUCUCAAAAGAAUGAGGCAGCUCAAGUGCAGCGCCGACACGAGAGGAAGAAGGAGAAGAGGAAAAAGAGCACAAAGCUUCAUCUCCACAUCCAGGAGCAAAGUUUGGAGCCCAUCCAAGGCCAAGCGGGUACCACGGGCCAAACAGUGGACACCCAUAUCCAGCUGCAGCCUAGAGAAUCUACACCCGACCAGACGGACAACUCUCAGAAGACAGUUAUCCAAAUUGAACCAAAGGUUCCCAAAGUCAAUCAACCUUCAGUGAUCCAAGAGACAGGAUUCUGCAAAGAGUUUGUCAUAGGAGAUCUUGUGUGGUCUAAGGUGGGCACUUACCCAUGGUGGCCUUGCAUGGUAUCAUCUGACCCACAAAUGAAGGUCCACACACGCAUCAAUACUAGAGGUCACAGGGAAUACCACGUCCAGUUUUUUGGCAGCGUUGCAGAGCGAGCCUGGAUACACGAGAAGAGGAUUGUCAUAUACCAGGGCAAGAAACAGUUUGAUGAGCUCCAGGCAGACACACUGCGCAGGACCACAAACACUGUGGAAAAACACAAACUUCUGAAGCCUAUCCCUCAGAGGGAGCGCGCUCAGUGGGAAGUAGGCGUCGGCCACGCAGAGGACGCCUUCUUGAUGACGCGCCAGGAGCGUAUCGACAACUACACCUUCAUUUACGUCGACCCGGUCCCUAACGAGACGCCGAUCGCCAAGAAACCUGUUGGCCGCCCUGAGAAACGUAACCGGCGCUCCAGUGACUCAAUCAAUAAGAAGGAAGACACAGGAGUGAAGUCGCCCGAGAGAGAGCAGCCGCAACGGAGACAGCUGCCACGCCGGCAGUGUAGCAUUUCCAACGCAGAUGACAGUAAUGGCUCAAAUGAGAAGAAGAACCUUAGGGGGGAUCAGAGUAAGUCUGAUUCCCCUAAACAGGAUACUGGUACUGAUGGGGGGGCCAAGCAAGAUUCUCCAGCACCUGUCAGGGCGUGGAAAACUGCAGCAGCUAGAAAACUGCUGCCUCUCUCCAUCACCAUGAAAAGGCUGAAUGUCGAGAUUACAAAGUGUGACUGGCCUCUGCUGCAGAAAAAGAUUGCUACCUUGCCUAAAAAAGAAGAGAAGGAAGAUGAGGUGGAGCAGGAGAGAGUAACGGGAGAAGGCAGGCAACCUGACCUGGGCUACUGCUCGCCUGAGCAGGACAGCAGAGCUAAGCCCGAGGCGAGUCCUGAGGAGGAUGAAGAUGUGGACGAUAUGGAGGAAGAUGGGGAGGAGAGGAGGGAAUCCCCUGCCAGUCGGAGCGAGGAGGGCGGAACCCAGCCCACCUCCUCACCCGGCUCUCCACACAGCAGUACACAAGGUUCUCAGGAGAGGAAGCUGCAGCGACGGUCAGUCAGGAGCAGGUCGGAGUCUGAACGAGGCAAUGACCCCAUUCCAAAAAAGAAAACCAAAAAAGAACAGGCAGAGAUGGCCCCUGAGGCUGCACCAAGGGCAGGUUCCCAGAAGGGAGCCAGCGAGAUAUCUGACGCCUGCAAACCGCUAAAGAAGCGAAGUAGAGCAUCCACCGACGUGGAGAUGGCAUCGUCUCAGUAUAGAGACACGUCAGAUUCUGACUCUAGAGGCCUCAAUGAUCCACAGGGUUUAUUUGGAAAGAGUCUUGAUAGUCCAGCAGCUGCAGAUGCAGACGCCUCAGACACUCAGUCUGUGGACUCUGGCUUGUCUCGUCAGGAUGGUAGCUCUGGGAAGAGUGACACAGUCUGUCAGAUUUGUGAGGUGUACGGUGAAAAUUUGGUGGUGUGUGAAGGUGAUUGCAACAGGCAGUUCCACCUCGACUGUCUAGGUCUGACGUCACUACCCGAAGGAAAGUUCACUUGCCUGGAAUGUAGAAAUGGCAAACACGAGUGUUUCAGCUGUAAGAAAGCAGGCAAGGAGGUGACACGUUGCUCUGCGACUGGCUGCGGAUGUUACUACCAUAAGGAUUGUGUUCAGAAGCUCCCAGGAACUACCAGCUUCACUGGCGGAGGCUUCAGUUGCCCUCAGCACAGCUGCGCCACCUGCUGUCUGGAGCGAGACCUGCAACGUGCCAGCAAAGGUCGUCUGAUGCGUUGUAUACGCUGCCCGGUGGCGUAUCACACUGGGGACAGCUGUGUGGCGGCGGGGAGCGCCGUCCUAACACAUCAUAUCAUGAUCUGCAGCAACCACGGCAGUACCAAGAAGAAUGGCCUCCUCACUUCUCCAGUCAACGUGGGCUGGUGUUUCCUGUGCGCCAGAGGGCUGUUAGUGCAAGACCUUACUGACACCAUAUUAAGUUCAUAUGCCUAUAAGUCCCACUACCUUCUGACUGAGUCAAAUCGUGCUGAGUUGAAAUUACCUAUGAUUCCCUCUCCUUCGUCAGCUACCAAAAAGAAUGUUGGGAAAGGAGGCAAGUUGCUGUGCUGCGACUCUUGCCCAGCUUCCUUCCACCCGGAGUGUUUGGAGAUGGAGAUGCCGGAGGGGCCGUGGUCCUGCAGCGACUGUAGGGCCGGCAAGAAGCCUCACUACAAACAAAUUGUCUGGGUCAAACUGGGAAACUACAGGUGGUGGCCAGCAGAGAUCUGCAACCCUCGUUUGGUCCCGUCGAACAUCCAGAGCCUUCGCCAUGAUAUUGGCGAUUUCCCAGUCUUUUUCUUCGGUUCCCACGACUAUUACUGGAUCAAUCAGGGGCGUGUCUUCCCUUACGUUGAGAACGACAAAAACUUUGUGACUGGUCAGAUUAACAUCAACAAGACUUUCAAGAAAGCUCUAGAAGAAGCAGCCCGCAGGUUUCAGGAGCUCAAAGCACAGAGGGAGAGCAGGGAGGCUCUAGAGCAGGAACGAAAAUCUCGCAAACCGCCACCCUACAAGUUCAUCAAGUCCAAUAAGCCUGUGGGGAAAGUGCACAUGCAUGUUGCUGACUUGUCUGAAAUCCCACGCUGCAACUGCCGGCCCACAGACGAGCAUCCGUGCAGCCUUGACUCGCAGUGUCUCAAUCGCAUGCUGCAGUAUGAAUGUCAUCCUCAGGUAUGUCCUGCGGGUGAAAAUUGUGAAAACCAGUGUUUCUCCAAACGCCUGUAUACGGGGACGGAGGUGAUAAAGACAGAAGGCUGUGGAUGGGGCCUUAGAACCAAUCAGGCUUUGAGGAAGGGUGACUUUGUGACCGAGUAUGUCGGCGAAGUCAUUGACUCAGAGGAAUGCCAGCAGCGAAUUAAACGCGCUCAUGAAAACCACGUCACCAACUUCUACAUGUUAACUCUUACUAAGGACCGUGUGAUUGACGCUGGUCCAAAAGGAAAUUCUUCCAGGUUCAUCAACCACAGCUGCAGCCCCAACUGUGAAACCCAAAAGUGGACAGUCAACGGCGAUGUCCGCAUUGGACUCUUUGCCCUUUGUGAUAUAGAAGCUGGGACCGAACUGACAUUCAAUUACAACUUGCACUGCGUGGGAAACAGAAGAACAUCUUGCCACUGCGGAUCAGACAACUGCUCAGGUUUCCUCGGAGUGCAGCCAACUAGUGCCGUGGUGCUAGAGAAAGAGGAGAAGGCCAGGAAUGCCAAACUGAGGCAGAAGAAGCGGAAGCUUCGGCUUGAGGGCAAACACACACACGAGUACUUCUGCUUUUGCUGUGGAGAGGGAGGAGAGCUAGUGAUGUGCGACAGGAAGGACUGCCCCAAGGCGUACCACCUGCUGUGUCUCAACCUCACCAAACCGCCAUAUGGUCGUUGGGAGUGUCCGUGGCACGACUGCAGCAUCUGCGGGGCACCGGCCUCAUCUUUUUGCGACUUCUGCCCUCGCUCUUUCUGCCCGGACCACGAGGCGGGAGCGCUGACUGCCUCUUCGUUAGAGGAGCGCCCCUGUUGUUCCAGCCACAACCCUCUCAGUCCACUGGGCUCCGUUCCCGGCUCGACUCAGCCGCCACCGACUUCCCCUCAGAGCCUCGUCGCAGUCAAAGAGGAACCGCAGAGAGACGUUGUGGCGCCCUCAUUACCUCGUUCCCAGUAGAGUGCGCUCGUGGCGCUUCACCUACCUGUGCUUACUAAAGGGAAUAUACUUUUCUUAUUCUUUUUUUUUUUGUCGGACCUCUUGAGCCGAGACACGUCGAAGAACUCCUUUUUGGCAAGCGCAGUGAGAUUGGAGAGGCACCUGUCGGGGACCUACGCCAUUCUCUGUUCAUCUGGCUAUGAAACACCACUUAACACACAAGAGCGCCGAGUUCCCGGACCAUCGCUUGGUCUUGUUCUCCCUCGAGAUAUUCCCAAGUGUUGUCUUUGAAGGAAACGAAGUGGCGGGACGCCGCGCCGCUCCUCCUCUUGUUUACCUGCUGUACGCCGGGGCUGGCGUCUCCCACACACUUCCACUGCCCCGACGCUACUCCUCAUCUGACCCUUCAUCGUAUCGAGCGCCUCCGCUUCCUCUUUGGCGAACAGGAGGGGCAACAGUUUUGUGCAAUUUUUUUUAGGCCCUCACUACAUUCCAACUUUGCUUUAAUCAUUUUUUGAUAAUACUUACAGCUAUAGAUGAAUAUAAUUAUAUACGUAUCUAUGUUUGUUCAUGUUUGCAAGCAGAUUUUUCUCACUUCAUCUCAGUGAGUGUUGUAUUUCUUUGUUUAGGUGUUGCGCAGACCUCCUUGUGAAAAUUGUCCUAUUAAGGUGAAAUACUGUAUAAUGGUAUAUAGCGUACUGGUAUAACAUUUCACAAGUACUUGUGACUUUUUGUUUGCUCAUUCACGUGUACAUAAUUGGAUCAUAAUAUUGUAAAGUACUUACAGACAGGGAGGCACAGCGUCCAAUCUCCACACCUGAUUUUUCACACAACAGAUUUUUUUCCUCUAUUAUUUUGAAUAUAAAAGUACAUUUCGCAUUUUCUCUGAGCCGUUGUCAUGCUUGCGCGAAGCAGGGGCCCAGCCAGUGAGCACUGCUAUUUGAGUAUCUUUAAUCAGCCUUAAGGGAUAAAUUCAGUUCUAUUUUGGCUGUAGGAACUACUGCCCUGAUGUGUUUCAGUAACAUUUGUGUACUGUGACCUUUUUAUUUGAUAUUUUCUGCCAAAACUUCUCUGAAAAGCACUUUUCACAUGCCUUGUCACUACACUUGUUUUGUUAGGUCACAUAUAUACAGAAAUGUAUAUUAAAAGAACAUAAGUGUUUUGAAAAUGGAUACCUCUUCUUCUGGUAGUACCAUAAGAAUUUCAACUGUGUUGUGACAAAAAAAAAAAAAAAAAAGGAAAAAAAAAAUUGGAAUAACUGCCAGCCUCUUAUGUUGAGAAUCAGUAUCAUUACACACAGUCCAGUAUAGUGUACAAAAUACAAACUGUACAGAGUUUUUAAAUUGUUCAUCUGUCAAUUUUUUUGUAUUUAUUGCACAUCAUUUUAUACCAAUUGCUUUGUCGAACACCAGUGCAGUACUCCCUGUUAUCACCAUGUGACAUUUAAAAAGAAAAAAGAUCUGAGGAGUUCAUGUAUUAUACCAGUAAUCGGUGCAUAAUUUUUUUUUCUUUGAGUUGGUUGUCUACAUCGUUGUAAUGAUUCCACAUUUGCCGCUGUUACGCGUAUUGACUCGUCACUGUACUUUUUGUUAAAUGCAGUUCAGUAUUGGAAUGUUUAUCAUGCCUAGGCCUUUGUCAUCAUCCCCAGGAAAUGUUUUUUUUUUUCAUAUAUGUAAUUAUGUAUAUGUAACCUUACGUGAGGUGGGACAAUUGAGUGAGUGCCAAUGCAGAGCAAUUUAAAUAACAUUUCAUGGGAGCUGAUUAUUCACGUUUUAAAAAUGGAAGAAUUCUGGCUAAGUUGCAUUAAGUUAAAUGCUGAGGUGGGUAGUUAUGCGUUACAUUUACUUGAGUAACUUGUGGAGAAUAUACUUCUAAGGGUUGUUUUCCCAUACUUUUCACUUUUACUGGAGUAGAUUAGUUAAGAAGAAACACUACUCCUACUCCGCUACUUUAAGCUACCCUAGAGUCGUUACACUUUUUUCUCUUCAUUCUAUAUGUUAGUUUUGACUUGCCACCAGUGAGAUGUCGCAACAGUAAUCAUACGACUCCUUUGUAUCAAUAAGACAUCACAAACCAGUCACAUGACCACACACAAGCAUGCAGUUGGAGUCGCAGUCCUAUGAUCACGCCGGCCUGUUCAAUCACGUGUCUUUAAAGCACUGUAAAAAUUAAAACUAUUUGACAGCGUCAACAUUACUUGAAAGGACAGAUUUCAACCUCUCAUAGUUUUUGUCACCGAUAGACCAUGGAAAAGCGGAAAUUUGGCCAUUUUAAUUUCAUAGUACCACUGGAGGGCACUCAUGCUCUUGGUAAUGUUUCAUUAUUCUAGUCUGAAUUCUUUUUUUUUUUUUUUUUUUUUUUUUUUGCAUGAUAUGGUUAUUUUAUGGCUAUAUUAUAGUAAAACAGUUCAUAUAGAUGGGGAGCUGGGAAAAAAUAUACCAAUGUUUAAAAAUUUCUUUAAAAAACACUGUAAGCAGUUACCCACAAUGUUACUCAUUACUUGCGUACUCUUUUCGCUGAACUUCUUUUUUAAACUUUUUUUUUUCUUUCUAAAUUUGGAUGACUUUUGAGCAAUUUUAUUUUGAAGUAAUGUUACUCCUACUCGAGUAAAUGUUUUGAUUACCCACCUCUAGUUAAAUGGAACAUGCCUCCAUCUUCUUUUUGCACUUACAUAUGUACCAUUGUCUUAUUUUGUUGGCAUUUUUCCCUUCAAUGAUACACAUUACAUGACUUGUCUCCUCCCAGUACUUUCAUCUUGGUCAUCUGUCGUCAAGGCACUUUUACUUCAACACACGUUUCCAACAAAACUUGAAUGUUAUUAUUUAUUCAUACGUUAUUUGAAGUCUGGACUUUUUUUUUUUUUUUUUUUGUUAGUGAAUCAUAAUGGCACAAUUGGUCAUUGUAUUUUCAAGGUGAACGGUUCAGCUAAAAUGCCUAUGCUCAAGUCUUAAAAAUGCCUGAUCACGGUGCAGUUUCUGUUCCUUUAUUAUUUUUUCCAUAAUAAAGGCAGCGGCCUUUGCUUUAUUUCGUCGCUCUGUGCCAUUUUGCCAAUUCCGCUGAUACAGUUGCAGUAUUAGAAUGCUUAAUUUGUGAGUUGCAUCAUUUUGUUUGCUUCAAAAUUUCUUUAUUUGUGCCAUUCUCUUGUGGAAAAACACCCUAGCAUGUUUGUUCCCUUGUAAGUGAACCUUAAAGCCCAAGUAUGACUUUUCAAAGCAUUAUUGAAUCUUUUUUUUAAAAUCUGUUCUUAAAAUUAGAACCAUCCAAUCCUCUAGUGCUUUGAAGUUUCCGUUCACUGUAACAUCAUUUUGUGCAAUUUUGUUGUUGACUUUUUGAUUGACAGGCAGUAAGAGACAGCGUGCAGCAUAAAAACUCGUCUGCAAAGCAAUCAGUUUUUUUUUUAUAUAGUAGGUUUUUUUUUUUAGUUACUAACUGGGGUCAUAUCUAUCUAGGUGUUGCUUCAAUGAAAAAUGUGGAUAAACACAACCACCAUGUUAAUUACUGUUCAACCUGUGUUACUGCAUAUUGUUGGCAAACCUGUAAAUAGUCUUGCAUUGUAUUUGCAUAGGAUCAUGUUACUGUGGCGUGCUUUCUUUUGUUGCUUGUACAAUUACGCUUCUAAAUGUGCGUGACUUGGAAAGACACUCUUUUUGUACAUUUAUUUGAAAAUAUGACUUCUGUCCUUUUUUCAUUCAAAAGUUAAGUUGGAAGAGUUCAGACAUGCCUGAAGUUUGACUUUAAUAAAGCUGUACUCUGUCUCAGUGAAGCAUUUGUAUAAUGUCACGUUUGGAAAUUUGGUGCAAAAGAUUCGUGUCCAACCUUA